AUGGUUCAGAUCAGCGAAGUCAAGGGCAAUUCGCGCGAAAACAGGACAGCUGCCCACACACAUAUCAAAGGUCUCGGGCUACGCCCAGAUGGCACCUCGGAGAUCUCGAGUGAUGGUUGGGUCGGUCAGGCAGCAGCUCGAGAGGCUUGCGGUGUCGUUGUGGAUUUGAUCAAAGCGAAGAAAAUGGCCGGGCGAGCGGUUCUUCUUGCGGGUGGCCCAGGAACUGGAAAGACGGCCCUGGCCCUCGCCGUUUCCCAGGAACUAGGGACAAAGGUUCCCUUCUGCCCCAUCGUUAGCAGUGAGAUUUAUUCUGCCGAAGUCAAGAAAACAGAAGCCCUCAUGGAGAACUUUAGAAGAGCAAUUGGUCUCCGUGUCCGGGAAACGAAAGAGGUAUACGAAGGCGAAGUUACCGAGCUUACACCUCAGGAAGCCGAGAACCCCCUUGGCGGCUAUGGCCGCACGAUUAGCCAUCUAAUCAUUGGGUUGAAGUCCGCCAAGGGAACGAAGAAGCUACGCCUCGAUCCCAGUAUCUACGAAGCUAUUCAAAAGGAGCGGGUCACUGUUGGAGAUGUCAUCUACAUUGAAGCCAACACCGGAGCCUGCAAGCGAGUAGGACGGUCCGACGCGUACGCGACCGAGUUUGACCUCGAGGCCGAAGAAUACGUCCCGGUUCCGAAGGGUGAGGUCCACAAAAAGAAGGAAAUAGUUCAGGACGUGACACUACACGACCUGGAUAUCGCUAAUGCCCGGCCGCAAGGUGGACAAGAUGUUAUGAGCAUGAUGGGACAACUUAUGAAGCCCAAGAAGACCGAAAUCACGGAUAAGCUACGCCAAGAGAUCAACAAAGUAGUGAAUCGUUACAUUGACCAGGGCGUCGCAGAGCUAGUUCCUGGUGUCCUCUUCAUUGACGAGGUUCACAUGCUCGAUAUUGAAUGCUUCACAUACCUGAACCGAGCCCUCGAAUCUACGAUAUCCCCCAUCGUCAUUCUUGCCUCAAAUCGCGGCCACACAGUCAUUCGCGGCACUGACGAUAUUGCCGCCGCUCAUGGUAUCCCUCCAGACCUCCUUGCUCGUCUCCUCAUUAUACCUACCCACCCAUACUCGCCCGACGAAAUCAAGACCAUCAUUCGCCUACGCGCCAAGACAGAAGGCCUCAACAUCACGGAUCCCGCGCUUGACAAGGUCGCAGACCAUGGCAGCAAGGUCAGCCUACGGUAUGCCUUGCAGUUACUGACGCCAGCCAGCAUUCUUGCGCGGGUUAAUGGGCGACCGGGUGGUAUUGAGGAGGCCGACGUCACAGAAUGCGAGGAUCUUUUCCUAGAUGCGAAGAGGAGCGCUGCAAUUGUGAGCCAGGAUAGCGAGAAGUUCCUUUAG